ACCAGAUCUCCGUACCCUUUCUCUGUUUCAGACGCGUGCGGGCUGUCGGACGUGGCGCACAUCGAGUCGCUUCAGGAGAAGUCGCAGUGCGCCCUGGAGGAGUACUGCAGGACCCAGUAUCCGAAUCAGCCGACGAGAUUCGGCAAGCUGCUGCUGCGACUGCCCUCGCUGAGAACGGUGUCGUCGCAGGUGAUCGAGCAGCUGUUCUUCGUCCGGCUGGUCGGGAAAACGCCGAUCGAGACGCUGAUCAGGGACAUGCUGCUAAGCGGUAGCAGCUUCAACUGGCCGUACAUGUCCACGAUGUGACAUUCUGUCUGGCGACAACUAGCCUCCGUGUAAUGUGCACGCCCCCCCCCCCUCCUCCUCACGCCUUAGUCUCCUUCGCGAACCGAGGAGCAACGUCGUCGUUGUCGCUUACUCCGUUCAGCGUUGCGAAACAUCGUAGCUUGAUACGAGUCAUUGAACGAAAAGACGCGUAUCACGAGGAAACAGGAGGAGACUGAGGGACAAACGGCAAGAGGCGUUCGAAAGGGGCUGGGUUUUUUUCCCAUCCGAGCAUCGUCGGUGGUUCGCGUUCCGAGAUCUUUCCAGGCAGACACAACACGGGCACGAACUCGCGCGUCUCUUUGGGAUUCCAUCGCGCUGCCCGGCGACGAAGAGACCGAGAAAUCGUUCGGUAGAAAACGAGGUGAAGCUGAGACGUAGAAAACGCGAAAUGGGAAAGAAAUCGUAAAUUAGCAUUCGUGAUCGACGGUGGGCGAUCUGAUGGAUCCCCCGCUGGCUAUCUCGCGUUCAUCUUCGCGUCGAGUAAUUGCCGUUGGUCGAGUCAUGGCCGAAACCCUUAGUCACUCGUCGAAACUCGACGUUCUUUUUACCAUCGUCUCUCUCACGUUCGCGUUUCACGCCGAAAUUCACCACGAGGCAACGAAAUUUGGAGGAAUUGAGAGGAGUGGUAUAUCUUUCCCUCGGAGGAUCUCGAAACUUCGCCGUUUCUCUUCUCUUUCGAACGUCAGCCACCCGGCGUGUGUUCAUCGUCGUCUUGCGAUACUGCGUUUGCGAAUUCAGUCGUGUUUUCUCGACACGUGCUCCGUUUCAAACGUGUCGAGAAAAGAAAAAGAAGAAAAAAAAAAAAAAAAAGAAAAACAAAAAGAACAGCGAUUCAUCUUCGAAAACUCGCGUAAUCGAUUCGAGGAUAAUCCCGACUGCGAGACGAGGUGAGGGAGAGAUCGAAUCGCGUCUGCCUUCCGACCGAUCGCCGAGUUUCGCGGUGGAAGAACGCGAAUUAUCUAUCUCCGGGCACGACGCGGCCAGCCGAGAGAAAGCGAACGAAUUAUAUUUUUCUGUGGCAAAUACGUUCGACCGAUCGGCGGUCGCCACCGUCGUUGUGAAGGAAUAUCGCGAGAGCGGCGACAGGUUAUUUACAUAGACGAUUGCGGGGAAAACUCGGCAGAACGCAAUGUGAUACGCGCGUCACGUCGAAAUUGCGAUCGGGCCUCUCAACACACGGUGCUUUUUCUACGUUAUAAAUACUGUACGAUAGCCGGGCCCCCGGUGGCCCGUUUGUACAGAAGCAUUGGCGACCGAUAAAAAUUGUUUGAAACCAUGCGAAACAAUCGGGCGCGAGCGCCACGCGUUUAUGUAUGUACGUAUAACGUGGCCGAGGUCGAACUAGUUACUUAGACACAACCAUUUUAGGGGUAUAUGGGAUAUUUCUAGUAUUUUUAAGCUGCGAUCGUUUCUUAAGUGCGACGCGCCUGCGGACACAGAUACACACACACAUACACAGACACACAUACACAGACACACAUACAAACGCGUACACACGCAUAAUACACAAAGAGCGAAACAGUAGCGCGUCCCCGUUGAGAAAAUCCACGAAGCGAACGCGGUCGAGGCGAGAAUCGGAUCGGACCGAGGUACUCGCGCGCGAGCUUCCGAGAGAGAACCUUUUUACUCAGAGCCAGUGGAUUCGCUGGGUUCGCUUCGUCGAACGCAAUUUAUCUCGCGGGAAGCUAAGGGAAUGUAUUAUAUACCGAGCACGAAUUGCGUUGCGGUUGAGUGUACGUAGACCGAAGUGACAUCUAUGUAGCACAUAGUUACAUGUAUAAAGGCGCGAGAAAAUUUUUGUAUAAAAAUGUGUAUAUAAUUAAUAUGUAUAUAUAUAUACACAUAUACAUAUAUAUAUGUGUGUGUGUAUAUAUAUAUAUAUAUAUAAAAUACAAAUAUAAAUACGAUUACAAACGUAAGCGCGAAUAUAAACACGAUUAUACGUAUGAAUGUAAAGAAAUAUAUAUGUCAAGAAUUACA